AUGGCCAACGAAAAGCCCAAGGAAGGAAUCAAGACCGUGAACAAGGAUCAUAUUAAUUUGAAGGUUGCAGGACAGGAUGGUCCUGUGGUGCAAUUUAAGAUUAAGAAGCACACACCACUUAGUAAACCAAUGAAAGUCUAUUGUGAACGACAGGAUUUGUCAAUGAGGCAGAUUAGAUUCCGAUUUGAUAGGCAGCCAAUCAAUGAAGCAGACACACCUGCACAGUUGGAAAUGGAGGAUGGAGAUACAAUUGACGUGUUCCAGCAGCAGACAGGAGGUGUCUACUAAAAAAGAGAACCUGCUACUUUGCUCCAGAACUUUGUUCUUAUAGACCAAGAAUACAUUCUUAAUUAGAAAACUGCAAUUUGGUUCCACCACAUCCUGAUUACUACAGUAUA